AUGAUGAUGGAUAAUACAACACAUCAUCCAAUUGUUCAAAUAAAUACAACAAAUUCACAAAAUAUGACUAAUAUUCAUCAACAAUCUAGUACAAAAUUACCAGGUGAACCUGAUCAUUUUCUUACUAUUCGAUUACUUAUGCAAGGAAAAGAAGUCGGUAGUAUUAUUGGAAAACGUGGUGAUAAUAUCAAAGCAAUUCGAGAAGAAAGUGGUGCUCGUAUUAAUAUUAGUGAUGGAACAACACCAGAACGUAUUGUUACUAUGGUUGGUACAAUUGAAACAUUAUCGAAAGCAUUUGGAAUGAUUUGUCAAAAAUUUGAAGAUGAUUUAAAACAAACAUGUACAACUAUCCCUCCAAUAACAUUACGUCUUGUUGUACCAGCAAGUCAAUGUGGUUCAAUUAUUGGUAAAGGUGGUGCAAAAAUUAAAGAAAUCCGAGAAACAACAGGUGCAUCUGUGCAAGUUGCAUCGGAAAUGUUACCAACAUCAACAGAACGUGCUGUAACUAUUUCAGGAAAACUUGAUUCAAUUGAAUCAUGUUUCCGACAAAUAUGUCAAAUUAUGCUCGAACAGUCGCCACCAAAAGGUGAAACAAUUCCAUAUCGACCUAAAAUGAUGAUAUCACCUGUACAUGCACCGAUUAUUUUUGCUAAUGGACAAGCUUAUCAAGUUCAAGGUCAAUUUGCAAUUCCUUUACCACCAAAUGAAUUAAAUGCCUACGGUCAAUUAGCUUCUCUUGCGCCGGGUGUGCCUGUACCAGCUGCACCUUUAAUGACAAAUGGUCUUCCACCUAAUCGUAAUACUUUACAAACACAACGUGAGAUAACGAUUGCUAAUGAUCUUAUUGGUUGUAUUAUUGGUCGAGGUGGACAAAAGAUUUCCGAAAUCAGACAAGCGUCUGGAGCGAAUAUUAAAAUAGCUGAUUUAGAUGAAGGUACACAAGAUAGACAUGUGACUAUUUCUGGUACACCUGAACAAAUACAAUUGGCUGAGUUUUUAAUUCAUUCAAGAAUUGCUUCCGAAAUUGGUGGAAUUCUAAUUACUCAUUGA